AAGGAUGUCACUGCUGCGCAGGGCGCUGCGGGUCUCCAAUCGCUCCAUGCUCGCCUUCAUCUUCUUCUUCUCCUUCUCCUCGUCCUGCCUCUACUUCAUCUAUGUGGCCCCUGGGAUCGCAAAUACAUAUCUCUUUAUGGUGCAAGCUCGUGGUAUAAUGUUGAGAGAAAAUGUAAAAACAAUAGGAAAUAUGAUCAGAUUAUACACUAACAAAAAUACUACACUGAAUGGCACAGAUUAUCCUGAAGGGAACAAUUCUAGUGACUAUCUUGCUCAAACGAGAAUGUAUCUUCCAGAAAACUUCACUUACUCUCCUUACCAGGCUUGUCCAGAAAAGUUGCCUUACAUGAGAGGCCUUAUCAAUGUGAAUAUGAGUGAAAUUAGUUUUGAUGAAAUACAGGAAGUGUUUUCAAAAGAUUUGGACAUUAAGCCAGGAGGACACUGGAAACCGAAAGACUGUAAGCCACGAUGGAUUGUGGCAAUCCUCAUUCCUUUUCGGAAUCGCCACGAGCAUCUUCCAAUCUUUUUCCGACAUCUGAUACCUAUGUUGCAGAAGCAGCGUCUGGAAUUUGCCUUCUAUGUUGUUGAACAGACAGGUACACAACCUUUUAAUCGUGCAAUGCUCUUUAAUGUUGGCUUCAAAGAGGCUAUGAAGGAUGUUGUUUGGGACUGCGUGAUAUUUCAUGAUGUGGAUCACUUGCCUGAAAAUGACCGAAAUUAUUAUGGAUGUGGAGAAAUGCCACGUCAUUUUGCAGCAAAGCUGGACAAGUACAUGUAUAUUCUUCCUUACAACGAGUUCUUCGGCGGUGUAAGUGGACUGACAGUAGAACAAUUCAAAAAGAUCAAUGGGUUUCCAAAUGCCUUUUGGGGAUGGGGUGGAGAAGAUGAUGAUCUUUGGAACAGGGUUCACUAUGCUGGAUACAAUGUAACAAGACCUGAAGGAGACUUAGGAAAGUACAAAUCCAUACCUCACCAUCACAGGGGUGAAGUCCAGUUUUUAGGACGAUACAAACUACUGAGGUAUUCUAGAGAACGUCAAUACAUUGAUGGAUUGAACAAUUUAAUAUAUACUCCUAAAAUACUUGUCAGUAGGCUAUAUAAAAACAUAACUGUAAAUCUCAUACCAGAACUUGCUCCUGUUAGGGAUUAUUAAUGGAAAUGAAAUGACAAGCUAUGCCACUGGAGUAAACAUUAGUACUGGAAGCUACAAAUAGACACUACAGACACUA